GGGAGAAAUGGGUGAUGAUGAUAGUGAUGAUGGCCGAAUUGGGGCUGCAAAGAAACGUCUUGAAGAUCUGUCGCAGGGCCGACGUUACGGUAAUGACAUCGGAAGCCUAUCUCUUGAAGGCCUUCAGGUCGUACGCGUACAGAGAGGUACAAUCCUCUGCAACCUGGUCAUCCCUGAACACUUAGCUGAUCACAGAAGCGGGAAUUGGCAUGUUGGAGCAAUAUCAACCCUAAUCGACAAUGUUGGGGCUACAGCUAUAAUGUCGAUAACUGGGAAUUCUGGUUACGCGGCUACUGUCGAUUUCAGCGUAUCCUUCCUUUCGACUGUUAAGAUUGGGGAAGAAGUAGAGAUUGAGGCCAAGGUUUUAGAUCACAAAGAAAAGCUUUCUUCAACAAUAGUGGAGAUCAGGAGGAAGGAGACUUCAGAUAUGAUUGCUUUGGGUAAACAGUGGUUUUCUCAAGUGAAGGCUAAAAGAAGACAACCUAGUGCUAGUAAUACUAGCAGGAGUAGUAAGCUUUGAUCUUUCAAGCUCUCGGCGAGCUUGUUUUUCUUAUACUCGCUGAAGCUUUACA